AUGGAACAUACAUAUCAAUAUGCGUGGAUCUUACCUUUUAUUCCACUUCCAGUUCCUAUAUUAAUAGGAGUCGGACUUCUUCUUUUUCCAAGGGCAACAAAAAGCCUUCGCCGUAUGUGGGCUUUUCAAAGUGUUUUAUUGUUAAGUAUAGCUAUGAUUUUUUCGAUUGACCUGUCUAUUCAUCAAAUAACUAAAAAUUCUAUAUAUCAAUAUGUAUGGUCUUGGAUCAUCAACAACGAUUUUUCUUUUGAAUUCGGUUAUUUGAUCGAUCCACUUACUUCUAUUAUGUCAAUAUUAAUUACUAGUGUUGGAAUUUUGGUUCUUAUUUAUAGUGAUAAUUAUAUGUCUCACGAUCAAGGGUAUUUGAGAUUUUUUGCUUAUAUGAGUUUUUUUAGUACUUCUAUGUUGGGAUUAGUAACGAGUUCUAAUUUGAUACAAAUUUAUAUUUUUUGGGAAUUUGUUGGAAUGUGCUCCUACCUAUUAAUAGGGUUUUGGUUUACACGGCCUGUUGCGGCAAAUGCUUGUCAAAAAGCAUUUGUAACGAAUCGUGUAGGAGAUUUUGGUUUAUUAUUAGGAAUUUUAGGUUUUUAUUGGAUAACUGGUAGUUUUGAAUUUCAGGAUUUAUUCGAAAUAUUUAAUAACUUGAUUUUGAAUAAUGAGGUUGAUGUUUUAUUGGUUAUUUUGUGUGCUGUUCUAUUAUUUGCCGGCGCAGUUGCUAAAUCUGCACAAUUCCCUCUUCAUGUGUGGUUACCCGAUGCUAUGGAGGGACCUACUCCUAUUUCAGCGCUUAUCCAUGCUGCUACUAUGGUAGCAGCGGGCAUUUUUCUUGUAGCUCGUCUUCUUCCUCUUUUCAUAACCAUACCUUAUAUAAUGAAUUUAAUCUCGUUAAUUGGUAUAAUAACAGUAUUUUUAGGAGCCACUUUAGCUCUUGCUCAAAAAGACAUUAAGAGGGGUUUAGCCUAUUCUACAAUGUCUCAAUUGGGUUAUAUGAUGUUUACUUUAGGUAUGGGAUCCUAUCGAAUUGCUUUAUUUCAUUUAAUUACUCAUGCUUAUUCGAAAGCAUUAUUGUUUUUAGCAUCUGGUUCGGUUAUUCAUUCAAUGGAAGCUAUUGUUGGAUAUUCGCCAGAUAAAAGUCAGAAUAUGGUUCUUAUGGGGGGUUUAACAAAACACGUGCCAAUUACAAAAAACGCUUUUUUUUUAGGUACACUCUCUCUUUGUGGUAUUCCACCCCUUGCUUGUUUUUGGUCUAAAGAUGAAAUUCUUAAUGAUAGUUGGUUGUAUUCACAGAUUUUUGCAAUAAUAGCUCUGUUCACAGCAGGAUUAACUGCAUUUUAUAUGUUUCGGAUUUAUUUACUUACUUUUGAGGGACAUUUAAAUGCUCAUUUGCAAAAUUACAGCGCAAAAGAAAAUACUUCGUUGUACUCAAUCUCUCUAUGGGGUAAAGAUUUAAAAACAAUAAAAAAAAAAAUGGACUUACUAUCCUUUUUAAAAAGGAAUAAUAAUGAAAGCACUUUUUUUAAAAAAACAUAUCGAAUUGAUGAGAAUGAAAAAAAGCUAACACCUCCUUUUAUUAUUCUUCGUAAUUUUGGUAAAAACAGUGUCUAUUCCUAUCCUUAUGAAUCGGACAAUACUACGUUAUUCCCUUUACUUGUAUUGAUAUUAUUUACUUUGUUUAUUGGAUCCAUAGGAAUUCCUUUCAAUGACCAAGGAAUUAAUUUGGAUAUAUUAACUAAGUGGUUAACUCCGUCUAUAAACCUCUUACAUUCCAAUUUGCAAAAUUCUUUUGAUUGGUAUGAAUUUCUAAAAGAUGCCAUUUUCUCAGUCAGCAUUUCCUAUUUUGGAAUAAUUAUAGCGCUCUUUUUAUAUAAACCCGUUUAUUCGUCUUUACAAAAUUUAGAUUUAAUUAAUUUUUUUGUUAAAAAAGGCCCUAAACGAGUUCUUUGGGAGAAAAUAAUCAAAUUAAUUUAUAAUUGGUCAGAUAAUCGUGGUUACAUAGAUGUUUUUUAUGCAACAUCUUUAACGGCAGGCAUAAGACGAUUGGCUGAAUUAACUUCUUUUUUUGAUAGACACAUAAUUGAUGCCGUUACAAAUGGAGUUGGUCUUAUGAGUUUCUUUGUAGGAGAGGGCAUCAAAUAUAUAGGGGGCGGACGUAUUUCUUCUUAUCUUUUCGUGUAUUUAUUUUUUGUAUUAGUUUUUAUCUUAAUAUUAAUUAUUACUUAA